AUGGAUCCCUUUACCAUAAACUCUCCCGGGUUUACUUCGCUCCUAGCUUCGCAGAGUAGUCCAGCAAUGGACUGCGACUUUUCUGAGGCAGUAGCCAACUCUCCCGGGAUAGUGAAACCGGUCCUAAAGAGAAAGUGGUCGACAAAAGAAGACCUAGUGCUCAUGAGUGGGUGGCUGAACACGGGCAAGGAUGCUAUUCUCACUGGCUCAGUUGCUAGAGAGUGGAGUCAGUGUAAGCAGAGGUGGGGAAGGGUGAACGAGCAGGUGUGCAAGUUUGUGGGGAGUUAUGAGGCGGCUUUGAAAGAGCAAUCUAGUGGUGAAAAUGAGAAUGAUGUCAUGAAGGCUGCCCAUGACAUCUUCUUUAAUGAUUACCAUGCCAAGUUCGCCAUGGAACACUGUUGGAGGGAACUGAGAUAUGAUCAGAAAUGGAAGUCAUACUCCAAGUCCAGAGAUGCCGGGAAGGAGAAAAGGAAGGAGAAUGAAGAGGUGAUGCCUGAGGAGGAGGUUAGACCGGCGGGUGUAAAGGCUGCGAAAGCAAGCAAGCGCAAGCGGCACCGGAAUGAAGCUGCUUUCGAUCAAAUAGAGAGCAUCCUGGCUGCGAGAAAGAAAAUAUCCCAGCAGAAACUCCUUGAUCGUCUCCUAGCCAAAAAUGACACUGAUCUAUCUCCAAAUGAAAUCAGUCUCAAAAACAAACUCGUUUCUGAACUGCUAGAUUGA